CUGUUGGCCACCUCAUCGCCUUUUGCUUUCUCUCUUCAUUCCUUUCGCUCCUGGUUGAGCGUUAUUUAUCCUCUGGAUAGGCAUUCUCCUCGUCAAACUACAUCUUUCUCUUGCUGGGCUGAAUGAUGCUGUCCAAACUCGUGCUUUCUCUUUGCACUCUCUUUUUCUUCCUUUUCACGCUUCGCGAUGUCGAGGCUGCGCCUCUCAGCAAGAAACACAAAAUCCUGACGCUUCCUUUAACGAGGCUUCAACAACGACGGACUGAUCUUCAUCCACAAGUGCUCUUACAGCAGCACAUCAACCGCGGCCAUCGACGUCUUGCCCUUAUGUCGGACUCUGGAAUCGGUCCCACGGAUGAAGAACUUCGAGCUAGUCUUCACAAACGUGUGCACGCUUGCCAUCCUAACGAAACCACGUCCGAACUUCAAAAACGUUACAAUCCGUAUGUUCACAGUGCAGUGGAAAGCUUGGAUACACCUACUCUCAACUUGCACGAGGACGGGAGCAAUUCUUCUGCCACUUCCUCUGCAAGCGCCGCCUCUGCCUCUGCCUCUGCCUCGAAUCGUUUUACAGAUGCAGAGAUCAACGCUCUUUUGAACGGAGGCGUGACCGACGCGAACACACCAACCGCUAAUAACUCAUUAGGGCUGGAUAUAUUGGCUGACGAUGUGGGCUAUACUUCCAUCAUCGAGAUCGGAACACCUCCCCGCCAGUUUAGGGUCCUUAUGGACUCGGGAUCGGCUGACUUAUGGGUGGGUAGUGACAACUGCCAGGCUGAAGGUGGAGGAGACUGCGGAAACCAUACGUUCCUGGGCGAGCAGAGGUCUAGCUCAUUCAGCACCUUCAACGAACAAUGGAAUAUCACUUACGGUACCGGUUCGGUGUCAGGCGUUAAGAUUGCAGAUGAUGUUACCAUCGCAGGCCUUGCCUUGACAAGCCAUAGCUUUGGCAUUGCUGAAGUGGAGUCCGUCGACUUCGCUUCCGAUAAUACAGAUUUUGAUGGUCUCAUGGGCCUCGCACAAUCAACACUGUCUAACCAAGAUUUCCUGACGCCUGUGGAGUCCCUUGCUAAGAACGGCCUCAUUAGCGAGGCUAUCACUUCCUAUAAGAUUUCGCGUCUUGCGGAUGGAAAAAAUGAUGGAGAAAUUACCUUCGGUGGUCUUGAUGAGACUAAGUUCCAAGCAGACACCCUGGUCACUGUGGACAACAUCAGCAAACAGGGGUUUUGGAUUGCUGCCUUGGAUGCUGUGUCUGUUAACGGCACUGACUUGAAAGUUGAAGGCCAGGCAGCUAUAUUGGACACUGGCACUACUCUGCUCAUCGUGCCCGCUGCUGAUGCAGAGACGAUCCACAGUAACAUCGACGGUGCUACUUCGGAUGGACAAGGUGGAUUCCUUGUGCCUUGCACCACCAACGCCAGCAUUGCUUUGACAUUUGGAGGUACAGCCUUUGCCAUCGAUCCUAGGGACCUCGCGUUCGCACCUUUGGACAUCAACGACCCCACUGGUAUGUGCGUUUCAGGAAUCUCCUCUGGCAAUGUUGGGCAAGGGGAAUGGCUGGUUGGCGAUACUUUCCUGAAGUCAGCUUAUUUCUCGACCAAUGUGGACAAGAAUCAACUUUCCUUGGCCAAACUGGCUUGAUCUACUGGGUGUUGAAUAAAUAAUCUUAAUCUGUCUCCCUCUGUUAUAUAGAGUAGUUUAAAAUGGAUGUAUAAUGGUAUUAUAAUAACUUGGUGGUUUAAAUACAAUGCGGAAAUCUUGUUAGUCCUGAA